ACCCGCUCCCAUCCCCAUCAAUUUCAUUUUGGCGGCAAACCUCCAUUUUCCCCAAAGCUUGGCAACUUGAAUUUCUCUCGAUUUGAGUCUCUCAUCUACUUUUUCUUAGGGAAAAAAAGCUUAUUUUUUAGGAAAAAUUAUGGAAGGAAGUAAGGGCGAAGCGGUAUUCGAUUCACUGAAUCUGAAUCCACAGCUCUUCAUUAAUGAAGCUCUCAAUCUUGUCGACGAUUUGGUCGAUGACGCUUUCGAUUUUUAUCAAUUACAAGCAUCAGCCACCUUGAAGACCGAGGGCGUGGAUAAAUCCCAGGAUCUUAUCAUGGGCAUAUCGCGCGUCCGAUCGUUCGUCCAUUCAGUUUUGGAUAAGCGGUUGGCCAUGUGGGAGAAGUACUGUCUGAAUCACUGUUUUGCGGUCCCUGAAGGCUUUUCUUUACCCUCAAAUGAUGAAUCACCUGCCGACACUUCGAUAAGUCAUGAUUGCCUCUAUGACGUGGGUCUGGAUACAGAGUUAGAUUCUUUGAGGAACAGGCUCUCUGAGGUCAGAGAAGAGAAUGUUGUAUUGAACCAAGAACUCCAAGCUUUAGAAAGGCAAACUGCUUCCAGUAACUCACAAAUCAAUCAUUUCAACGAGGCAUUAGAAUUAUACGAGGAGACUUCAGUGAAUGAGAGGUUCCAGGAAGUGAUGAACACUGCUUCGGAGCUCCGAGCGAAAAUAGGAAAGCUGAAGAAAAGGAGGAUAGAGGAAUCCAAGCUCACUAAAGUAGAGAAGGUUCAUACAAAUGGCGACAUGUCUCACCAUCACAAGGGCUUCUCUAAUGCUAAGCUUGAUGACAUUCAAGAAUUUUUAGCUGAUUUGAAGACCCUUUGAACUUGUAUCAUUAUGACAUCAACCUUAGUGUAUAUGAAGCUUGCUGUGAAACUUGUCGCUAUGAAUUCUUCAAUGUUUUAACUUGAUUUAGCUGUGAGAUGUUCCAAACCAUUUUUUUAUGAUAUACCAUUUGAGUUGAUGACAUUUCUUAGCAGCCUCCUUUGAGAGUUUACAGAUAGGCCAUUAAUAGGUGUUGGGCUCAAUCCUAUUUCGAAACUUUUACUAUAUAUCCCCAUCAAUUAUUGUGAUUUGCAUUAUCAGGUCA